AUGGAAAGAGGUGUGCCAACACGCGAAUUUUCUUCAGCCUGCUUCCAUUGCAGUGCAAUCGUAUUUUUCUAAAGAAAGACUUUCAUCAGUUUUUUAUUAUAAAUUGGACAGUAAAAUGUGUUGACUAUGUCAAUUUGUUUGUUAUUUAUUGGUUAUUAUUUAUUCGUUUUAGAUAGACGAUACUCUAUGAACUAAAAAUUAUCAAAAAUGUAUUUUUAUUUGUUUAAAACCAUAAAACUGUUUUGAAAUAUGAUAAUUCAAAGUGAAAACACUUUUUCAAAUUAAUUUAAAUUUUAUUUGGAAGCUAAUCGGACAUCGAUUUUCGGAUGCUUGGGAAGAACUAUAGAUGACUUCGACGGCCGAUACGGAAGAAGAUUUGAAGAUUUUCGAAGUCCUGUGCGGUCCGGACACAGAGAUGACAGGUGGUACAGACAUGACGACAACCCUUAGGAGCGAGUUAGCAGCACUGCAAUAUAAAAGGGACAGCCUUCUUUUACAACUACAAGAAACUAAAGCCCAGCUAAGAAAACGAGAUGAAAAAGCAAUUCAAUUGGAGAGUGAAAUCGAGCAGCUCAGAGAGCAAGCAGCAAGGCAAAAUGUUGUCAUUGCUUCCCUUCGCAAACGGAUACAGGAACUGGAGGAAAGGGAAAGAACGUUGGCAGCUAGUCAAGGAAGGAAUGAGAUGACAAUUAAUACCCUCCAGAGAGAAAAUAGGUACCAUGAGGAAAAGGCGUCUGAAUUGGAAAGAAAGAUCAGUACGUUAGAAAUUGAAUUAAAUAAUGAGGAAAAGAGCAAAUUGCAUGUUCAGAAGAAUUUAGGCGAUCUUGUACAUCAGCUGGAAGCCACUUUGGGGACCAAUUCUGCUGGCAACUCUUCGCACGUUGUUCAAGAGACAAGCAGACUGCGCAAUAAAUGUGACAGCCUUGAAAACUGUUUGACAAGGGUCGAAGAAGAGCUGAGGACGUGCAGAAACGCCCUGAGCAGGGCGACAGCAGACAGGGACACAUUGCAGAAUCAAGCAGCAACCCACCUAGCUGAAAUUGAUCGGCUGAAGCAGGAAAGAGAAAAGCUUCAGAUUCAACAGCAUAUGUAUGAAAGGGACCUGGCAGAGUUAAGAGAAAAGCUAAACAAUGCUCAAAGAACAAUUAGCGUUACAACCGGUGAUAUACAAGUACAGGAUGCAACAAUAAGAGGAUUGAGAGAUGAUUUAAAGUUAAAAGAGGAAAAAGGACUCAGGCUAGAGACGGAACUUCGACACUUACUCGAAUCCUUAGCCAUUUUGUUAAGCUCUCCAGUGAGAUUUGUCGAAAGUACUGAGAUUAGUAUUAAAGACAAAAUUAGGGAUUUAAUAAAUGAAGCUAAAGAUAAAUCCAUGCAAGUUGAGAGCCUUCACGAGAAAGUUAUAACUUUAAAAGAUCAGGUUUCAAGAUUAUCUGAUCAAAGGAAUGAAGACAUCCGCCGUAUAAAAGAUUUACAAGAUGAUAAGAUACACGUUGAAGGACGACUCCAAAAGACAGAAAUCGAGCUAAAUACAUGUCUUAUGGUCAAAGAGGGUUUAAGGAAAGACAAAGCAAUUUUUGUCACAUUCCUCGAACGGCUUGCAAGGGCGUUAAACAUGGAGGAGAUUUCGAGAGAAAUUGGGGUUGAUUUGCACACCGAAUCUUUGCUUCUUAGAGCAGAACAACUUUCAAGAUUUGAGAGUGACAAAUUAACAGAUAAGCUCUUGUUAUAUGGUUCUUAUCCACGGUUUAGACGGGAGAGGUAUUUUUACGACUUACCGCUGAGAGAUUCUGCUGUAGUUUACCAGCUCCAGCGUAGGGUAAGGAAUUUACGAGACCAGCUCCAGAGAAGAGACCUCCAUCUGGACUUACUAAGACGGAAGCUGACGAUUCAGGAAGACAGCCACAGAACCAAAGGGCUAUUACAGGCCGAAAGAGACGAGGCAAACUUGCGUGUUAAGAAACUGGGAAAACAAAUAGACAGACUUCAGGUGCAGUUGAACGAAGCGAGAUCAUUAUCAAGAGACUUAAAACUGCAGCUUACAGAGUCUAGUGAUUACAAGUUAACAGCAUUAGAACGAGGUAGAAAAAUUGAAGAGCUUCAGAAAAAAUUGGCCGAGUCCGAGUUGUUGCGAACUCGUUGCAGUAGGAAAGUGAAUCUUUUAAAAGACCAGGUGAGAGUGACAGGUGAUAAUGCGGAAGAAAUCAGGGCAUUAGGUGAAGGGGUAGCUUCAGCGCUACGCUCUGAAGUAGAUUCACUUCGACAUUCCUUGGCAGACAUGACAACAGAAAAAAAUUCUUUAUCCAGCCUAAGAAAUACCCUUUGCAACAUUGUUGGGUUGUCGUGUUCCUGUGCAGACUACGAGUUGAUAUCCCGUGUCACAAAGAUGGCAGACGCUCACAGAGAAUUCACCAAGGUUUCCAGGCGUUAUGAUCCGCCAACUACUAGAUAUAUUGUUGACGAUCCUUUAAUUGAUGAUCUAGAUUCAGAUAUGAACAGCAUAUACAACAAACGUCCAACAAGGACUAUUCUUCCUUAAACUAACUGUAUGUUACUUACCAUCAAUUCAGCUAAAAUUAGUAUAUAGAUAAAAUUAAAAAAAAAAGUGUAUAUUUUAUUGUCAGAGAUUAGGGCUUCCCACAGUCAAUUUUCUCUCAAAUAAACUUUAGGAACUUCAUAUAAAACAACUUCCUAUGUUAAAUUUAAGUAAAUUCAAUUUAAUUACAACUCUUUGUUAAAUUAUACUAAUUUAAAAAACAAAAAUUAGCCUAUAAAUGAUAGAAAUUGAACAAUUUUGAGCACAUAAGUAUUCAAAUUAAAUAUUUUUUGGAGAUAUUUUCCUAGAAUUUAUGAUUAAAACGAACUAGUGAUCUGUGUAUUUAAGAAGGCAUAAAAAAUCGCAUCCAUACUGAUUGUUUUUGUUGUUCAGCGUAAAUGCACUUUUUUUAGCGACUGUUAUAUUUAGCAUUUAGCCAUGUUAUAUAUAUGUUAUAUGAAUAAACAAAUGCCAAACAUUCAUUCACUAGUUGUAGAUAAAUGCUACCCACCAUUUUUUUAAUAGCUCAAUGAAUAUUUUCUUUUUAGCAAUAAGCAUUGUCAAUGUGUUCGAUGUGAUUAUAAAUUUAUAAAUGUUACGUUUUGCUUGUUAUUUAUGUUGUUUGUGUUUUGUUGAAUUUUUGUUGUUUCGUUACGUUGUGUUAUUAAAACUUUCUAGUAAGCUAGUACAGGGUUGUUUUCUGGCUUUUCUAAUCUUUUGGUUGCUAUAAAUUUAAAAAUAAACAGUUAUUAUUCUGUUAAAUGUCUUGUUAAUUGUCUUUUUUUAAAACUGCAAAUGAGAGAAUUUGAGCAGUCAAUGUGAGAAAAAUGUUUUUUUAAUUAAACAGCCUAAUUUAUCAUUUAGCAAUAAUAAAUAUGAUGUUCAAAAAUUUUGCCUUUUCUGUCUGAUAGGACCAAUAACACUAUUUUCAAUAAGAAAAAUUAAUGUGUUCAUUUAUAUGUAACUAUGUGUUCAUGUUUCAAGUGAUUUUCAGCCCAGAAAUUGUCCUGGGCCAAUAUUCCUCUUUAAAUUAUUAAAUGAAAACUGCAUGUAAAAUUUCUUUCAUAAUUUAUUCUUAGGUAAAUGUUAACCAGUCUGUAUGUUCGGAGAAUAUAAUAAAU